CAGGGCCAGCGAAGAGGGAUUCGUCUUUGUACUCAAGCAGAGUAGUUGAAGUCAGCUCUGUCUCCACUGCCUUCUCCUUUUUUUUUUAAAGAAGCAGGGAGUCUAAAUGCUGGAAAUAUCCCUAUAAGCCGGUUACCAGUCCACUUUAACCGCAGUAGACGGUCUGUUGUAUUGUUUUGUGCAAGCGGACAUCCCUUGUUAUAUCUUUUUGAGCCCUUUUGGACGACAAAAGAUUUCCUUUUUUUCCCCUUACCGGGUGGAUUUUUAAGUCAUACAGAGAAAAUUCAUACAGUUGCAACACAUCCCUCCCGUUUUUUCCUCCUUUUUUAUAUUUCCACACCUCCAUACAGGGGGGUGGGGGGUCUAUUUUUUAAAGUCAUCCUUUAACCGAGCGACAAUGGCAGCUGUAACGAGCCCGGAGACCAGCCCUCAACCGCGGGUAUAUUUCCAGACGCCGACCGGCACCACGGAGGAACCGGAGCCCCCAGUCAGGAAGCAGGGACGGGUUACCGUCAAAUACGACCGCAAGGAGCUGAGGAAGAGACUGAACCUGGAGGAGUGGAUCAUCGACCAGCUAACGGACCUCUACGACUGCGAGGAGGAGGCCAUCCCGGAGCUGGAAAUCGAUGUUGAUGAACUGCUGGACAUGCCCAGUGACGUUGAGCGAGCAGCCAGAGUCAAGGACUUACUGGUUGACUGCUUUAAACCUACUGAGGACUUCAUCUCAGAGCUGCUUGACAAAAUCAGAGGAAUGCAGAAGCUCUCUACACCUCAGAAGAAAUGAUGGCAUCCUUCCUUUCGCCCCACAUUUUCCCGUCCUCUCCAGCCCUCACUUCUCGUCUUCCCUCAUUGCCCCAUUUAUUCUUUAUUUAAUGUCUUCUUCCAUUGAAGGUCAUGAUGUAUUACAGCCUACCCUUGUUUCAGCUUAUAGUUAAACCACUUUAAUUUACCUCCAUGGAUUUGGACUCUCUUCAGCAGAAAUGAAUAAUUUGCGAGGUAACUUGUCUGUUAUAAUCCAACCUCUCUCCUUCCUCAUUGUUUCCUCGCCUGCCGUUAUUGGCGCUUCUCCUCCUAAUCUUUCUCCUCUUCCUCCCACUUUCCCAUCUGCCUGUGGAGGAACAGAGUCCCAUAAUUACUGUAAAAGCGGGGUUGCAUGGAGUGGGAAGAACAUGAAAAAUACAGGCCCACCACCACAAAAAACUGAGAAUGGAGAAGGAUACAGAUGUAACAAAUACUUCAGCCUCUACCAGCGAGAUUAUGUGAAUAUCGCAACUUGUUUAUCUCCAUUUAGAGAUCUGUUUUGAUUUCCUGUUUCUGUUUAAGGGCAUGAGGAUCAUCACUUUACCUUAACAUUUUUAGAUCAUCUCUGUGGGGCUCUAUUUAUCCCCCUGAACACAGGCAGUGCUGCAUUAAGACUUUUUCUGUGUCCCUAAGGGCAUAUAUCAUCAUUUUUUUACUACUUCCUUUGUGUCCAGGCUUAUUGCUCACAGUAGCUGCAUUCAUUCUGCAUUCAUGAUUAAAACUGAUUUUUUUUUUUUUUUUAAGUGACUAGCGAAAAAUUAAUGCGGAGCAGCUAAAUUAUGCUUAACCACUGAACUCUGGUGUCAGGCCAUAAUACCAUGAAUACCGACCACUAAAGCAGAGUCAAUCAGUCAAGGCUUGUACUGUCAUUAUAAACCAUAAGGAUUUUUUUUUCUUUCUGGGAGACGUUUGUUAAAAAUGCAUAUUAAAUACACACACACAGUCGUUAAAAACACUUCCAGAAAAAGACAAAGAACAAAAAUCCUCAAAACAGACUUAAAAAGGUAAAAAUUAGUUUGAAUUAUUAUUUUUUUUUCCAGUAAGAAGACAGAAAUCAAGGGAAAUGUUUAAGGGUAGUAGAAACCUAACAAACCAGCACACUUCAGAGGAUUUUAAAAGCUCCAUGAGGAAGUCUUCCUAUAAUCUACUGCAGUGGGGAAUCAGAAAAAGCUCCUACAUCCUUAAUGCAAACAAGUCAUAUUUUUAUGUAUAUCAUGAAAGCAAAUAAAAGAAUAUCAGUUUAUGAUUAAAAACAAAAACUACCAUGUAGGACACUGAAAUUAGGGUGGCUUUUAGGGUAAAAGUUUCAGUUACUGCUCCUGUUCUGACUAUUCAUUUAUCCAAGAGCUGUCCCACCUGGAUGCUUCAUUCAGUUAGUGUAUAAAUCUCAAUUUUCAUAAUAAUUUAGUCUUCUUUUGUGUUAGUUUACUGUGUAUUUGGCUAUUAGAAAGUUAAGCUAAUGCUAUAAAGUUGCUUCCAGAAGGGGAAUGAUGAGGACUGAGAUACUCAGACAGACAUUUUCAUAGCUGGUCAACUUUAUAUAUACAUACAGUAUGAAAGUCACCCUGGUCUGCCUGUCGACUCCCUGCCUGAGCCAUUCGUCUUAACCGUGGAAUGAGUUGUCUUGUGUCUUCAUCCCUAUAGCUUUGGAUUAUGUAUUUACUUUUAAUCCAGAUAAUUAUGGCUUCAUAAUCCAAGGGCAAAAAGGGUGAAAAUCUCUCUUUAACUGUGAGGGAAAAAAUACCCGCUGCUUUUUUUUCCUUUUUUUUUUUUUUGGUGCCACCAAAUAAGCGACCACACAUUUUUUUCACAUACGCCUUAAUAAAGGUAUUUUUUAUUGUGAAAACUCUCUUUUUGUGAUUACCAUAAGAGGUUUUCAGACUCUACGUCAUCAUCCAUAUAUGGUAGUGCCUUCCUGUUUUAGUAAAGGGUCUUUUUUUAAUAUAAAAUCCCAUUUUAAAGGACAAGUUUUUAUGUUGGUCAGGGUUUUUAUAGGUUUUCUGGCUCUAACAUGAUGAUAUAUGCCCUUUUGAAUAAAAACCUGCAGUGUGUCAUUUCUGGUGGAAGAAAAUCUGAACCUUUUGACCACAAAGCGUUGUGUAAAUCUAUCUUUAGUAGAGCAAAGAGGAAACUUUGAUGCCUGGAAAUAGUGAUUGAACAUUUAGAAAGACUCACUGGUUAGCCGUUUGGCUGUAAGACCUGCUUUAGACCUUAAAAUAAACCGUUUUUGUAUUUGAAGCUAGACCAGAACAUUUUUUCCUUCUUCUUUUAGGCUUAAAGGGAUGUUUUGUUCCUCAGCCUGCACAUACACAUGUAUAUCUGUGUUAUUAUUAGUGUAUGUUGCUACAUAAUGUACAGCAACAUCUGUCAUAGUAUGGAGUGUUUCUGGGCCUGUAUAUUCUGCUGUUGUGUAGGACAGAUUUGUCUGGAUUGUGUUUUUUUUUUUUUUUUUUGGAGGGAAGGGGGAUAUAGGACUGGUUCCUGUUUUUAUUUCUAGUCAAUCACAAACUGAUAGUCAUAAAGGGGAACCCUGUUGAAAAGCUGCCUUUUUAAAAAUCACACCACAAUAACCUGACAUCACUUCCUCUGUUAUUUACUUCCCAUUUUCUCUAAACGGAUAUGUCAUUUCUCCAGGCUCCCUCCUUUGAUUGUCACACGCCAGUAGAAUCACCAAUACGAUGUCCAGAAAUGAGGGGGGAGUUUGUUUUCUCUUCUUUUUGUUGCUUCGUUUCAAACUGAAUCAUCUUUGAUCCGUUAAGCCUUUUCUUCUUUUUUUUUUUUACUUCUUUCUUCACUCACCCGCAUCUGAGACGUGUCAGUUUUAUUUCCAGGUGCACAGGCAGAGCUGACAUGCGUCCACAGCUGCAGCUUCAUCUCCUCCCUCCCAAAAACACACCAUUGCAAAGAACAAGCCAUCUGUUUCUGAUCGCCAACCAAUCAGAUCAGAGCCUGAGACCCUGCUGGCCAACAGCAGCGCUGGCAUUUUUCGCGAUUCGUCUGCACCUGCCGUUACAGACCUUUAACUGUCCUCUCAGAUAUAGCCCAUUUACACGCUGCUGCUCUCUCAUUUCUGCACCUUUUUCCUUCCCUUACUUCCAUUUUUCUUUUCGUUCUUUUAAUCAAAUGUUGCCUUAGGUAUAAUUUAUGUUACACAAACCAAAAAAAACCAAACAGGAGUACUUCAGUUUUCUGUUACUCAGCAGAUCUACACUGCCUUCCAAAAGUAUGAAUGCUCCUUGAAAGUUUUCCCAUUUUAUCAUCUUUAAAACCAUAAACUCCACUCAAUUUUAAUAGGAUUUUAUGACAGUUCAACAAAAAGUAAUGUCUAAUUAUGAUCUCUAAUUACAGUCUUAGUCCUGUUGUUGCAAACUGGAGAGAUAUGUACAAUCCACAACGUAUAUUUUUCCUACCUGAGCUGUUUAUCUCAGAAGCUCCUCCACAGUUAUCCUUACUCUCUCUCUCUCCUGCUUCUCUGAUGACUGCUAACCAAUUAGGCCAACCUUUCCAUUUCUGGUUGAUGUAAAGCAUUCAAAGCUGUGGGAUUUUGUUUUACGGUGUUGGAAUAAUGCGGCAGAAUUAAAAUGCAUUCCACACUUCCCAUAUUUUAUUAGCAAAAACAAUGUUAGUUCAUCAAAUGAAGUCCUAAUAAAAUACUUAUGGAGGUUUGCGGUUUAACAUGAAUAAAUGUGAAAAGUGAAAUGCGAGUGAAUACUUUUGCAAGAAGCUCUGCAUUAUGUGGAGAAUUUGUUAUCUUCUGUCACUCCUUGUUUCAAAAUGUUUCUUUUUUUAUUAUUAGAAGUGAGUGUUUAAUACUUAGGCCUUUUGAAACGAUUCUGUUUUAGGUAAACAAUGUUAUUCACUCUGACCCAUGUAAGACUGGUCUGUUUUUAUCGUGAUCAUCACACCUCUUGAUGCCAAGCCUUGGAAUAACAGUUAGCUAAUCAACAACAAUAACAAAAAAUCCAUUCAGAUGCAUAUUUCCGGUGCGAUUGCUUUUGUCUUUAUCUGUGGCAUUUCCAGACUGAGCUCUCUGCGGUUUCCUCUUAUUGGUCAGAUUGUUUUAGGCAACUUCAAUCAGCAGCUGAAUUUGAGUGGAUUUUAUGUUUCUAAAUUCAGGUUUUGGAUUAAAUAUAUAUCUUCUUAGACUGUUAUUGAUAAGUAUGAUGUUUUUCUUUUUCUUACUGUUGGUGAAAAUGUAAAAAAAAAAAAAUCAAAUAUUGUAUGCUGAUGAUCAUUGAGGCUAAAUACAAGAGCUAAACCAUGCAGAAUGGAGUAAUAGUGGCAGUGUUUUGCUUUGUUUUGUUUUUUUAAUGAUUAGACAAACAAACAAAUGUAGCAAUAUGAGAAACUGGUUUUGUUUUUUGCCCAAUUUUGUUACACUUUUAUGCAACUUUAAUAAAAACAUUUGAAAUUCA